GAAGUAUUAAAAAAAUAUCAAGAAACAAGUUUCAACAAAGUGUCAGCUUAUCAAAAUUAUGUUUUAUAAUAAAAAUUUGGACAAUUUGUAAACAAUCAUCUUAUUUCGGAGUACUUUAAAAGAACUUCCAAAUAUAUUAACCAACUUUUCACUUUAAGAAUAACACAAUUUAAUCAAAAAAAAAAGGAGCAAUUAUUUCUGAUGUCAAAAACUGAAAUAAAUCAUUACAAUUUCCAGCUAAUUUUACCAAGACGACGACCGCAGCAAAUAAAAGAAAAUUUUCACUCUAACGAAGCAAAUUUUUUCUUAUACAUAUAAAAUAUUUUCCGUAUGAAUAAAAUAAAUUUAACAUUUUUGGUAAAAAGAAGAAAAUCAUUACAUAUAAGAGAAUAAAGAGUGGAAAAGAAAAUCCACAAAAAAAAAAACAAAAAGGAAAAAAAGGAAAUCAGGAAAAAAAGAAAUUUUUUUUCGAAAUUUUCUUUCACUCUUACCGAUUUCUUCUUCAUUCUAUUUAAUUUCAUCAUUAUCAUUAUCAAGCACCGUGGAUUCCGAUAUCAAGGAGCAAAAGAAUCGGCAUCAUCAUGACUGCAAAACAAAAGGAUGCCAUAUACUUACGAUGGAAAAAAUUGCCAGUACACGAGUUUUUAAAAAAACUUCAGCAAAUUCAAUACUUUCAUUAUAUUUGGGAAGUAGAGACUUAAUAUCAAGAGAUGGCACUGUCGAGCCAUUAAGGGGUGUCAUUUAUAUUGAUCCAAAAUUUAUGUGCAGUCAAAAAAUUUAUGGCCAAUUAACACUUACUUUUAGAUAUGGUAGAGAAGAUGAAGAAGUCAUGGGAUUAAAAUUUUGCAAUGAAGCUGUAAUUGCUAUUAAACAAAUAUGGCCAAGGAUUAAUUUCAAUGAAAGCGAAGUGACGCCUUUACAACAAGCCUUAGUUGAUCGUUUAGGACCUGGAGCUCAUCCAUUCUCAUUAGAAAUUGGUACAACCGCUCCGCCAAGUGUGCAAUUAGUACCAGCAAAAAAAUAUUGUGGUGCACCAAUUGGAACUAGCUACGAUAUAAGAAUUUAUAUGAAUGAAGUCAACGAUGAAAAAUUUUUUCGACGUACAAGUGUUAAAUUAGGCAUUCGUCUACUACAUAAAAUACCACCAGAUUUAAGAAUUAUACAACAAAUUAAUCCAAUAUAUACAUCACUGCCGAAAAGUAUACGUUUGCGUUUAUCACCAAAGCAAUUAAAAUUUCAUCAUAACAAAACAAAAACAUCAUCAGUAUCAACAUUAAAAACAACUGCAUUAUCACAAUCAACAACAAAUAUAAAUAAUCCGAAUAUAUCAACAUCAAUAAAUUUAAAUUAUGUUCCAUCAUCCAUUAGUGCCAAAAAUUGUAAUAACAAAGAUAAUAAUAUGACAGCAAAAUUACUUGCGGCAACAACAACUACAACAUUCAAAACAAUAGCAUCAACAACAAAUACAAUUGAUUCAAAUGAUGAAAUAUUAGUUGUAGAUGAAAAAGGAAAUACACAUCCUGGAAAUGGUAUUGGUGUUUCAUCGGGUUUAACUAUAAGACUGCCAACAGCGCCAACAGCAGCUGCAAAUAUUGAUACCCAUCCUUUAACAUUAAAUUGCUAUAAUUCAUCGUCAUCAUCAUUAUUAUAUAGUAAAGAUUACAUAAAACCAAUACUAAUUGAUCCAAAUAAAGAGAAUGAUAUGAAAAAACAGGAAGUAACUAACGGAAAUUCUAUAAAAAGUAUCAUAAAAGGAAGUAUCGAUAAAUCCUGCCCAUGGUCUGAAGGACGUGUAAGUCUGUCAGCUUCAUUAAAUAAAUCAGCAUUUGCACAUGGUGAAAGUGUUUUUGUAAAAGUUGAUAUAAAUAAUAAAAGUAAAAAAAUUAUACGAAAAAUUAGGGUAUUCGCAGUCCAACAUGUUGACGUGUGUAUGUUUAGUAAUGGUAAAUUUAAAAAUGUAGUCGCGGAUGUUAAUGAAAAUCAUCAAAUUAAACCGAAUGAAAGUUAUAGCUGUAUUUAUAAUUUGAUUCCAAUUAAAGGUACGACAAAAAACUGGAUCGCAGUAGAAGGUACUUAUUCUCAAGGUGGUAGUAUUGGAGAAUCACCAACAAAUAGUAUUUUUAAACUUGCUUCAAGUGUACAUCGUGGACCAACAUUAGGAGAUCGCAAUGUUUUUGCCAUUUAUGUUUCAUAUUACGUUAAAGUAAAAUUAAAUUUAAGUGGAAUGGGUGGUGAAGUAGCCUUAAAAUUACCAUUUACAUUAGGCUAUGUCGAAGAUGAUAGCCAUAACUGUAGCUGUAAUCACAGUGAUAACGACAGUGACAAUGAUGAUACAAUAAAAACAUCUUUUUCAAAAAUUCAAAUUGAUUGCAAAUGUGACUGUAACAAAGAACAGCAAUUAAAUAAAGAUAUAGUCGAAAAUUCAGGAGAAUAUGAUAUGAAAAGUGAAUGUGAUAGUCAAGCAACAACAGCAUCUCUGUCAAUUACUCAUGAUAAUAAUCGUUGUGAAGAGAUCUAUGAACAUAAUUGUAAAAAACAAAUUGAGAAUUGUAAUACAAUUGAAAGUGAUAUUAAUAAAGAUAUUUCUAAUAAACAUUUAGAUGUUAAUGGAAAAAAUUAUUUGAAACUUAACGAUAAUAAAAUAAUAGCAAAGGGAAAAACCACUAGAGAUGAGAUUCAUGAAAAGAAAUCAAUAUCAUGUACAAAUUGUAUAAAUUUCUCAAAAAAUGAUUUAUUAUUUAAAAAUAUAAGAAUUGAAGAAGAAUACCAUAAUGAGAAAUAUGAGAUUGAAGAGGACUCUUGUAAUCAUAAUUUGUCAGAAGAUAGUCAAGAAACGGAUUCUAUUAAAAUUAAAUUGAAGCAAAAAGAAGAAAAAACAAUUUUACAAAAUAUUAAACUUAAACGUUCUAGUUACAGUAGAUCAUGUGAAGAUAUUGAAACAUUUUCGAAAUUUGAAAAUUGUAAAUUUGUAAGUAGCGAUUGCAGUUGGAAUGGACCAGACGAUCAACUAAUGCUAAGUAAUGCUGAUUCAAUCGGAACUGAUGAUUAAGUACAAAGCAAAAGAUUUCAUGAGAUCUUAAUCUUGUUUUUUUUUUUACUAACAUUGGAAAAAUGGACACAAAUAAUUGUUAAAAGCAUAACUGUGUUUUUUACUAUUAAUUAGAAAACUAACAAAUACCAUUUAAAUAUGACUCCAUUAUUUUAAUUUCGUAAAUUUUCAUAAGUUUAAGUUAUUUUGAAUGUACUGUUUACUAUUUUUUUGUUAUGUACCUAUGUUCGUUAUACAUAUGCAGAGAUAUUACAUACGGCAGAUUUAUUUUAACACUAGUUUUAUUGGUUAUGUCUUAAUUAAUAUUACAUUUACUCCUUCUAAUAUCUUUGCGGUACCAGAAACGUAAUGAGAAUUUUCACUUCAAAAAUAGACAAAUGUUUUAAUUGCAAUCUAUAAUUUGAUUCAACGGGAGUUCAUUUUAUUAAAUGGUUAUUUAUACGUAUUUUAAAUAAUAUAUAUUAUAUUUAAAAGAAAAAGAAAAUUAUAAUAAUUAAAAUGUAUAUAAUAUAAAAAAUGUUGUACACAAUAUGUAUGUUAUCAU